UCGCGAGCUGCGCUUGUGUUUACAGGCAGACUGCAGACCGACGCGAGGCAAGUGGGCAUUCCGCGUACCUGCGCCGCGUUUAAUCUCGUCUGGCGACGUUCUAUAGUCUGUAGUGGACAGAUUGAGGGCUGUUAUUUAUACGCACCAACAUCCCAGGCGGUGUCAAAAGACGUUUAAGCGCAUAUAGUGACCGCGGCCUGACGUCGUAGUCGCACUAGAAGGAUGAAUUGCAACCACAACAACAGCGCGGUGAGUCCGUGCAUAAUGAGCGGCUGAAGGAGGAGGGGGAGGAGGCUGGAGGAGAGAGAGACUGCGGUCUCCUUACAAAAAAAAACGCGCUACUCUGCUCAAUAUUUUUUACCAGACAAACUCGCCUCCUUCACGCCACCGGACUGUUUUUUGGAGGGGGUGUGUAAUCCAAGUUUUCAAGACAAGAUUUGAUUCCGGAUGAUAGCAUCUCCACCAGCACCGGGACGUAAUGCGUUCGCCCCCCACACCACCACGACAUGGAGCGUGAAGAUGCGGCUUACACAGGAAUCCCCGCCGCUCCCCGUUUAGCCGUAUCUGUCCCGCCGCCCUCACCAACGCCCUGUGCCUUUUACCGGCGUUUAAGCGGCUCCUUAACGGAUUUACAUUGAGGCGAGUGUUGAAACGCAGAUUUUUCGUGCAGGAUUCCGCGAGCUAGCUCGUGGCUGCUAGCCCAUUAGCUCCAUUAGCCGGCUAAGGCUAAAAGGCGCUGGCUGAAGAUUUUUAAGGCUUGAUUUCGCUCCCUCACACGUCGCCCAGAAAUAACCUGGAGUGGUUUGUAAACGGACGGACGGACGCCCCCUUCUCCUCCUUCAACACCGUACACCCACUCGACGGGCGUAUUUGUUUACAGUUUUUCGGCAGAGGAUUUACGUCCACGGGAAUGAGGGCUCGAAUGGAAAGGAGCCGCUUGACCUUGUUUGGGGGUCUGAUGCUGGCCGUGUUGUCCUCUCUCCGGCUCGCCGCAACGGAGAUUUGCGGGCCAAGCAUUGACAUUGGCAACGACAUCAGCGAAUUCCGACGUCUGGAGAACUGCACGGUCGUGGAAGGCUACUUGCAGAUCCUCCUCAUCGGCGACAAGAACAACAACCAAGAGGUCUUCCGCUCGCUCAGCUUCCCCAAGCUGUCUGUCAUCACCGACUAUCUGCUGCUGUUCCGGGUCUCCGGCCUGGACAGCUUGAGCACGCUCUUUCCCAACCUGGCCGUGAUCCGCGGCCGCAACCUCUUCUACAACUACGCCCUGGUCAUCUUCGAGAUGACCAGCCUGAAGGACAUCGGCCUGUACAACCUGCGCAACAUCACCCGCGGCGCCAUCCGCAUUGAAAAGAACCCCGAGUUGUGCUAUCUGGACUCUGUGGACUGGUCGCUCAUCAUGGACGCCGAGUUCAACAACUUUAUCGCCGGAAACAAGCAGUCCAAAGAGUGCAGCGACGUGUGCCCGGGCAUCAUGGAGAACAAUCCGCAGUGCCGCAAGACCAUGUUCAACAACAACUACAACUUCCGCUGCUGGAACUCCAACUACUGCCAGAAAGAAUGCCCGGAGAAAUGCGGCCGGCGAGCGUGCACAGAGAGCGGCGACUGCUGCCACGCGCAGUGCCUGGGCAGCUGCAGCGUGGCGGGCAGCGACAGCUCCUGCGCCGCCUGCGUGCACUACUACCACCAAGGUCGCUGCGUGGCCGACUGUCCGCCCGGCACCUACAAGUUUGAGGGUUGGCGCUGCGUCAGCGCCGAGCUCUGCUCCAGAGUCCACCUGCCGGACUAUGACAGCUUCGUCAUCCACGAGGGCGAGUGCAUGUCCGAAUGCCCCUUCGGGUAUACGCACACCGCCUCCAACAGCAUGUCUUGUACCGCUUGCGACGGCCUGUGCGAUAAAGUUUGCGAGGAGAAGGUCAUUGACUCCAUGGACGCUGCGCAGUCCCUGAAAGGCUGCACGGUCAUUAAAGGCAACCUGCACAUCAACAUCCGCAGAGGCCAUAACAUGGUGGCCGAGCUGGAGAGCUUCACGGGUUUGAUCCAAAGGGUGACGGGCUACGUGCGCAUCCGACACUCGCACACGCUCAGCUCGCUGGCCUUCCUGCGCAGCCUGCAAUACAUCGACGGCGAAGAACUCCUGGAUGACAUGUACGCCUUCUCGGCGUUCGACAACCAGCAGCUGCAGUACCUGUGGGACUGGAAGCAGCACAACCUCACCAUCAAGAACGGGAAGCUGUUCUUCCGGGCCAAUCCCAAGCUCUGCGUUUCGGAGAUCCAGAAGAUGUGGGAGCAGACGGGCGUUGCGGGGCGCUUCGACGAAAGCGACUUCCGAAACAACGGCGACCGAGCCAGCUGCGAAAGCACCAUCCUAAAGUUCAAGUCCAACACCACCAGCAGCACCAGGAUCAAGUUGACCUGGCAGCGAUACCGCCCCCGAGACUACAGAGACCUCAUCAGCUUUAUCGUCUACUACAAAGAGGCGCCGUACCAGAACAUCACCGAGUUUGAGGGUCAGGACGGCUGUGGCUCCAACAGCUGGAACAUGGUGGAUGUGGAGCUGCACCAAGACAAGGACACCGACCCUGGCGUGCUGCUCUCCGGCCUGAAGCCUUGGACGCAGUACGCCGUCUUCGUCAAGGCCAUCACGCUCAUGGUGGAUGACAAGCAGGUGCCCAGCGCCAAGAGCAAGGUGGUGUACAUCCGCACCAGCCCCUCAGCGCCUUCCAUGCCUCAGGACGUGCGUGCCUACUCCAACUCCUCCACCCAGCUGGUGCUGCGCUGGCUGCCCCCAGUUUCCCCCAACGGCAAUCAAACCUACUACCUGGUGCGCUGGCAGCAGCAGGCCGAAGACCGAGAACUGUACCAGCACAACUACUGCUCCAAAGAGUUGAAGAUCCCUGUAAGGAUGGCAGCAGUCGGGGUGGGGGACCAGGAUGACGACACCAAGCCCACAAAGUCGGACCCAGAUGGCCCCGAGAAGGGCCCCUGCUGCCCUUGCCCCAAAUCGGUGGAGGACCUGGAGGCAGAGGCUGCGGACGCCUCCUACCGGAAAGUCUUUGAGAACUUCCUGCAUAACUCCAUCUUUACACCCAGGCCACCCGAUCGCCGUCGUCGAGAUCUAUUCAACAUCGCCAACGCCACCCACUCUCGACGCCAGCACCGGCCUCACUCCAAUACCAGCACAGUCUCUCCCCUGCAGGCUGCCACCAACAGCAGCGUCGCUGACCCGGAGCUGGCGGAGCGAGAAUUCGAUUUUGUCGAACAAGCUGUCACGGAGCGCGAGCUGCAGAUCUUCGGUUUACAGCCAUUCACCGUAUACCGCAUCGACGUUCACGCUUGCAAUCGACAGGUGCAGCGUUGCAGCGCAGCCGAGUUUGUUUUCUCCAGAACCAAACCGGCAGAAAAGGCGGAUGACAUUCCGGGCGUGGUGUCCUGGGAGGGCCACGAGGACUCUGUGUUCCUACGCUGGCCGGAACCGUCUCACCCGAAUGGCCUCAUCCUCAUGUAUGAGAUCAAGUUCAAACUGGGCACGGAGACUGAGAAACACGAGUGCGUGUCGGGUCAGCUCUAUCGGGCACAGCGCGGCGUGCGUCUGUCCAACCUAAGUCCGGGCAACUACUCGUUGAGGAUCCGAGCGACAUCGUUGGCAGGGAACGGAUCCUGGACGCGACCGGUCGAUUUCUAUGUGGCCGAACGAUAUGAAAGCUUCCUCUACGCCAUCAUAUUGGCCCCCAUCGUAAUCAUCUUGUUCAUCUGCAUCCUGGCCUGUUUGCUGUUCGCCUUCAACAGGAAAAGGAACAGCGAUCGUCUUGGGAAUGGAGUCCUGUACGCGUCAGUCAAUCCGGAGUACUUCAGUGCGGCUGAAAUGUACGUGCCGGAUGAGUGGGAGGUGGCGCGCGAGAAGAUUUCCCUGAGCCGCGAGCUGGGUCAGGGCUCAUUCGGCAUGGUGUACGAGGGCAUCGCAAAGGGCGUGGUGAAGGACGAAGCUGAGACGCAAGUUGCCAUCAAGACCGUGAACGAGUCGGCAAGCAUGAGGGAGCGCAUCGAGUUCCUCAACGAGGCUUCCGUCAUGAAGGAGUUCAACUGUCAUCACGUGGUGCGUCUCCUGGGGGUGGUGUCUCAGGGCCAGCCCACCCUGGUCAUCAUGGAGCUGAUGACACGAGGAGACCUCAAGAGCUACUUGCGCUCCCUCCGACCGAAAGAGCAGCAGUGGUCCAGUUUGUCCCUUCCGCCCCUGAAGAAAAUGCUGCAGAUGGCUGGCCAGAUCGCAGAUGGCAUGGCAUACCUCAAUGCCAGCAAGUUUGUGCACCGAGACCUGGCGGCGCGCAACUGCAUGGUGGCCGAGGACUUUACCGUCAAGAUAGGAGACUUCGGCAUGACGAGAGACAUCUACGAGACAGACUACUACCGCAAAGGCGGGAAGGGCUUGCUUCCUGUCCGCUGGAUGUCACCCGAGUCUCUGAAGGACGGCGUCUUCACCACCAAUUCUGACGUCUGGUCGUUUGGUGUGGUCUUGUGGGAGAUCGCCACACUGGCAGAGCAACCCUACCAGGGCCUGUCCAAUGAGCAGGUGCUGCGCUUCGUCAUGGAGGGAGGCCUGCUGGAGAAACCGCACAAUUGUCCUGACAUGCUGUUUGAGCUCAUGCGCAUGUGCUGGCAGUACAACCCCAAAAUGCGUCCGUCUUUUGUGGAAAUCAUCGGCAGCGUAAAGGAUGAUCUUGAACCAUCCUUCCGUGAGGUUAGUUUUUUCUACAGCACCGACAACAAGCCGCCCGACGCUCAGGGCCCACUUCCGCCCCAACAACACCCGGUUAACAUGGACGACGUCCCCUUGGAUACGCCGCUACAGACACCACCCUCGCCCGGAUCCCACACUCCGCCCGGGCCCUCGCUAGCACCCGGCUCCCCCAGCGGGCCCUGUCCGGACAAGGAGCCCAUCGGGCACCAAGCGGCUAAUGGGUUGAUGUCAUCAACCUCAUCGUCAGUAGUGGGGGCAGCAGGGAUGGGGACGCCGCCCAAUGGGACCGGUUCAGUGGCCGCCAUGCAGGUGACCCUGGACGAGCUGCCGCCCUACGCCCACAUGAAUGGGGGACGCAAAAACCAGCGUGCCAUGCCGCUCCCUCAGUCAUCUGCCUGCUGAUUGGACGGAGCAAAGACUCAUGGGAAGUCAAACCUAUUCUGCUGUAAUGCCACCCUUUUUUUUGUUGUUGUUGUCUUACCAAAUGCAACACUGCCCCCUUGCUGCCGAGAAACACCAUGGAGGGAAUUGCUUGUUUUAUAAACGCUUUCUUACUUUUUUUUCCCCUCCUUAAGUAAAACAAGAACCCUUUCUAAGGGGUUUACGGUCCAUUUUUGGGCAGGCAUUAUGGAUGAAUACCUAAAGCACUUAUAUAGGCAGGGUCCUCCAUGUUGCCGCCUUUGUUCUAGCUGGUACGGUAACGGUGUAAAAGGCAUGAAAAAUAAGAUGAAAAACACUACUUUUGGAUGAUUCAUUUUGUAUCGACAUCAAAAUCUGAGCCACACACAGUCGCCAAGUGCUGCGAAUUAGUGUCGAAAAACUCCUAAAAAAGAUUUCAUAACACGACCAUGACUUUUCUUUCAGUCAUUUGUGAAGAGCAUUUACGAUAACAAUAAAAAAAAGGUAGGAAAAAUUAGGAAAAUGACUUUGGAAAUACUAAAACAUCAAAAACAAUAUUUUAAUAACUCUGCCAACAUUUUGCUCAUCAGUACGAUAAUGACAUUCAAAGGCCUGAACGGGUUUGGUAAAAACAGUGGAACAUAUGAAAAUUUACACCUAUAAACAUUUUAAUAUUGGGUUUUGAGAUGUAAAUUUUUCUGCCAUUGUGCGCAACGAAAAAGAACGUGAUGGCACAAAAACAUACAAAUAUGGCAGAAAGCCAUUUUGAGACUAUCGAUGGUGACUGCCAUUGUGGUAGUCAUACGGUAACGGAAAAAAAGCAAUGUAAAAAAAAUUUUGCUACUCCAUUUUUUUCCCUCUACAUCAAAAUGUGUGCCAUAAAUAAAUUGUUGGAAAGCGCUCGUUGGUUUUCAGUGAGAUUAGAAAUGUACACUGAAUGGUUUGAAACCUUCCAAAACCAACAUUUUGAUACUGUGGUCCCCAUUUUGAGACUCCAUUUUGUGUUGACGUAUAAAUCUGAGCCACAAAUUGUUGCAAAGUGUUCCGAAAAGAGGUCAAAACACUAUGUCAUGGUGGUGUAAUAGAAUUAUAUAUAUAUAGUUCAAAAGCAUUUACGCCAUUUUUUUGAGGGUGGGGUUGACUUUUUCUACCUUUUAAUAUGGUCCCCGUGUUCAUCUUGUACAGACAAAAGAAAAGACAAGCUGCUAUUCCUUAUUUUCUCUUGUGGUUGUAAUAUAGAUCUAUAUAAAUAUAUAUGACUUUGAGUUUAUAAGAGACCUUCAGGUUGAAUUUAUGAGCGUUUUCACUGCAGUUUGCCAUGAUUUUGUUUAUUUUUUCCUUUAAAUGUAACUGAGCUGGUUUCAAAGAAGUACCCCUGAUAUUCUUUUUUCCUUAGGAAAGAGUCCCAAGCAAAUCUCAGGUUCGUGCUGCCAUUUUAGGCUUUAAUUAUUACCUUUAGCGGCGUUCUGGCUAAAAAUUAAAAAAAUAUUAUUGAUUGAGAUAAAAAGUGUGUCUUUACCACACUCAAAUUGUUGCCGCCAAAUCACAAUAUUAAUAUUCUCGUUUUUAGCUAGCUGUCGCAUAUGAUGCCUUCCCCUUCUCCAAUUCUUAUCGAGUCAAAUUAAUAGUCAACAACCAUGAAUCUAAUUAACUCUAGUAGACUUUUCUUCAUGCAACUGUCAAGCUAGGUACUACGCUAGCUGCUGCCUUAAGUUUUUGACAUUUCCAAAUUGUAAUAAUCACAUCAAGUGGACAUUAAUGGUUUGUCACCAAUCAACCUUUGAAAAAAGUGUUUUGUUGCCCUCUUGUUUUCGGAUAGCUGUCGUUGAGUCAGAAAACAGUAUAUUGUUUACACACUGCUGCUUUUUUUUUAUUUUUAUUUUCAAACAACAUUCAAUUGAAAUAACAGUCGUCAUCACUUGUUUUCGAAUAGCUGGAGUGCUAGCUAUUGAGCUGGCUGCAAAGCUAAUAUUUUGUGCAUUUUUGACCAGUUUUUCAUUGACCCUCUCAAUUUUUCCGUCACCAUCAAGUAAAAUAACUUAGGUACCACAUUGAGCGAGCCAACAAGAGGAAGCCACAAGGCUUCCUCAAAGAUUUUCCAUAACUGCUUCCAGGUUCCUUUUUUUUUUAAAUCGACAAUCUACACUAGAUUUUUCAGCAAGCAUCUAAGCCAGCUAGCUUGCUAAUGCUAACAAACUAGAGAUGAUAGGCACCUAAAAUGGCGUUGUACAGUACAUGAAUCCUCAUCAUCACAAAAUAAGCGUAAAUGUUUAUUUUUAAAUUAUGACUUUUUUUGGCAUUCAGAACAUGAAAGCCGAUGUCACUCAUUUUAGUUGGUUAGCUAGCCAAUGCUAAUGAAGACAAAGUCUUGAUGCUCUACUAUGAAAGGUCAAGAAAUCUCAAUACAAAAUGGCAGCAGGAUAUUCUGUAGUCUGCUAAUAAUGCUAAAGAUAUUUCUAUUCCCUUAGUAAAAGGCUGAAUUUAUUUAUUUUAUAUAUGCUGAAGAAAUAAUGGCCUGCUUGGUUUAUUUGUGUUGUUUUUUUUUGUGUGUGUAAAUCACUGUACAGAAAUAGCUGGAGACUUUUUCUGUUUGUUUUGAUACCUUUUUUAAGGGGUUUUUGCAACUUUUGGGGCAAGGGAGAAGGUGUUUUUUUCCAGUUCUUUUGUUCAACCAUCCAUCUACCUCACUGUUGAUUUAUUUUAAUGUAAUUUUGAUGUAGAGGAGCUUUAAUUUCACAAACCAAACAGCAGCACGGAAACAUGGGGAUUGUUUUUUUUUGUUUUUUGGAUGACCAUGUAGAUAAUCGACCAAUCACAAUGCUCGGGUGUGUGACUGUAGAUGCUGUUGUACUGGCACAGUGUACUUAAGAUACAGCUGGAUGGAAAUAGUAAGUUUCUUACCAUUAUUAGAGUAUAAGGACCACAACAAAAAGUCACAAGUACUUAUUCGACAAAAUACAUGGCAUUUUGGGGGGGGGGGGAUACAUUGUAACAUACACAGUGAAAGGCAUUAAAUGGUCUUAAAAGCCAAAAUAGAAUAAUAGUUGAUCUAUAAUGAAAAAAGCAUAAAAACAUUUGAUCAAAAACAGACAGAUAAGUGAGUUACCAGAAAAAAAGUCUAAAGUACUAAAAAAUGUCGCAUUGCGAAAUUAGUUGAAAUAUUGCCACCGAUAAGUUUUUUUAAAAAUCCAAAUUUUGACGUGACGGUCAUACAAGUAAACAUUUGUAGUUGGGUGUUCACAUGUAUACAUUUAUAGAUAGAUAGCCGUUAAUAUUACAUUUAUUUUGGUAAAGAUUCUACACUUUCCUCAAACUCAUUGCCAUGUUUUUGUGAUAUUCUAGUUAUUUUUCAACAUUGUCAUGCUGACUUUAUCUUCAUAUUUGAAUGUUAUUGUUUAAAAUUAUGGUUUUCAUCAUUUUAGCUCUCCUAUUACAUUAUAGGGUGUCACGUUACAGAAAUAAAUGAUUAGUUUUGUCAUUUCAAGGCAUCCUUUUUACUUUCAAUAUUUAUUUCCUCAAUGCUACAACUUUAUUCUCAUACUAAUUUGGGGGGGGUUAAAUUUGGGACUUUUUCUUUUGAGGUCGGUACUUGAUCCUCAUAAUGCUAUGACUCAACUUGCAACAUACUGUACAAGCUCUGACGUUCUGGUACAUUCAAUGUUAUAGUCUCGUAAUAUUUUGAAUUUAUUGACUUUAGCAAUGUUACUCUUUAUUUUCCUGUAAAUUUACAACUGCCGCAAAAUAUGAGGGUUUUUUUUUCAUGCAACACUAUUGUCCAAAAAUCACAACUGUGCAUUCGGGGAUUUUCUUGUAAUAUUACAUAAUGAUUUAUGACUUGUUUUUGUGUAAAUUAUGACUUCAUUUUCUUCCCCCUUUCGAUGCGGCCCAAAUACUCUUUCGAUGCCUCAUGACAUAUCAGCAAAAGGAUGGAAGAAGGAUGCCAUUUAUUUCGGAAAAUGUAAAAUAAUGCAAUACAGCUCAGCUAUUUUUUUUUCUCUCCAUGUUUCUGUCACUGUUUGCAAAAAAAAAAACACCACAACACUCAAUCUCCCACGUCUCCUUCGCACAUUCAUGAGUAUGUGGAGGCACAUUCUGUACACUUUUGAAGCCAGUUUUAAUGUCUGGUUGAGACUUGGGUGUAUUUUGGGCAUAUAUUUUGUUUGACCCGGGGAGGUAUUUAUAAAAGUCUUCAUGACAUAGUGGACCACAUCAGGUUCAGUUAGGUCACAUGUUCAAAGGUGAGAAAACAGCAAAAUCCUGACUUUCUGGUUUCUUUGGUAUUGUCAUGGUGACAGCCAAGUACUCCUCAUUCUGUGCUGUUAAAAGCAGUCGAGACAGAAGUAAGGAUCAGGAUUUUGCUGUUGUUGUUUUACCACUGGAUGGCCUCAAAGUAAAAAAAAAAAACACAAAUCUUUAUCUUGCAUCCAUGGCCAAUAUAGUUUUGUACAUUUUUCCAAUAGUCUUCCAGCAUUCUUAAGGAAAAGUUAGAAUGAGAUUUUGUUUUGGGUGUUCUCUUCCCAGUUUUGUUUUGUACAUGACGUUUUCAAAUAUGUGCCGGAGGUUAGAAGAUAAUUGGCUGAAGGAAAAAGAGAAUGUUUCUCUGGUUCAUGUCUUUUGUUUGUUUUUCUACAUGACAUUUAAGAUAAAUAAAAAUGUAUGCAAGUCA